AUGGAAUCAUGGCGGGAACGAGGAUAUGUACCGGACUCGGACUCGGAGGAUGGGUUCGAUAGUCAGGGUACGGAGAGGGUGAAUCGGGAUGUGAAGGAUGGGGGUGAAUCUACUGGGCAUGAUGUUGACUCGGACGUCGACCUUCACGCUGCGACGGCUUCGGGAUCUUUUCAUGGUGAUGAGGUGGAGGAUGUAUGUCGACCGACUGGGCACAAUGUCGACUCAGGCGCCGACCUUCACGCCGCAACGGCUCCAAAGUCCUCUCACGGCGAUAAGACGGAGGAAGGCCCCAACACCUCGCAUGACACCACCGGGUUUGGUUUCGAGAUCGUCAUACCCGGCAGAAACGCUGUUGGGAAUACCACGCUCGACCAGACAGAAGAUCAUGGAGACGACGUGGCUCCCCCCGCUUCGGACCCGAUGGAACUCGACGAGCCCGAAGACGAAGAGACUACUCCUAGGAGGCUAGGACCUGCCCAGCCGUCCCCUACGCUGUCGGCCGCUCCAGACGACGCUGAAUCGCCAUCAACCCCCAAGGCGCAACCGCAGAAGGAUAUCUGGGAUAUCCCCAGCUCGUCCCCCGAUGAACUGCAGCUUGUCUUCCAACCUCCGCGUAGGCAGGCUACGCCUACUGCGCCUGCUCACGAAGAGAGCCAAUUGCACCAAUUCGAUGACAGCAAUGACAUUUCACCUCUUUCUUCUCCGCCGUCAUCUCUUCAUUCAAUACGUUUCGACGAGGAUGAGCCGAACGACCGUCACCGACCAGAUCAAUUACCAAGAGGCAUGUUAGAAGAGUUAGAAGAGCUGCUGCCACUGCCACCUGAAAUUCCAGAAGACAUUUUACACGAUUCUUCACGCACCGCGGGAAGAAGGUCCUUGCGCCAGCGGAAUCCAAUCCAGCUACACCCAUAUAUGCUGGAAGACGCGAAAUAUCGGAAUCUCAUGAUGCAACGAGGUGUUAAACCGGUACGCAUCGCUCAAUAUCGAGAGGCAUUGCGUGCUGCAGCGGCGGCUGGUGAAAGCCAAGUGCAAGAAUCCGCUCCUAAUCCCGAGUCUCCAUCGAACCCUCUACUCAUGCAGGCCCCAAUCCUCCGCAGCCUGUGGAUAGCUCUCCGGUCCGUGAUGCUCGGGCAUCUAAAAGACGCAGGAUAUCAAAGCAUUACGGAGGACACGGAGAUCACUCACAAAGACCAUCCGCCGCGAUCGGGAAGCGCCUCGUCGCCUCAUAUUGCCCAACGACCUAAUGAAUUCAUUUGGCCCCGCGGGUUCAGUCCACCCCCGAUCCACACGCCCGACACAGAACCACAGUCUAGGGAUAGUUACGCAAACGAGGACGCUAUGGACGUGCCCGGUCCUGUCGAUCACAACUCGAGUGAUGACCGGUCGAUGGCAUCCCAUAGCCCUUCUAGCUCGGACGUGGAGCAGAAUGGCCAGGACACGAAUGCUGUCCAACAAUUCCAACGCAAAAUCAAAGGUGUACUCCCCGCGUCAUGGCUCCGACUCGACCAGCAGAAGCAGAAGGGUGGGCUGCCAAGCUCCACGCAACGAAACUUGGAGAGAGCGGCUCGGCAGGAGAAUGCCAAAGGAGUUGCCAAGAAGAUAACGAAAAGAAAUGAUACCACGACACAAGCAGGCUCACGGGGCCAAUUGGACGCCUUGAGACAACUUGCAGAUGAUGACAGUGAUGAGGAACGAGAAAGUAACGCCCCUGAUGUCGAUACCCGCGAGAUACUGGCCAGAUUUGUUGGUUCGCAGGAUCCUUUUUUCGAGCGAGAUGGCGGAGACGACAUUCCCGAGGACAAUCGGAUAGACUACAUGUUUGAGUCUGCCACUCGUUCUUCGGGUCCACGGAAGCAGAAGCUGAACAAAAACCGACAAAACACGGGAGGGGGCGGGAUUGACUCCAGCGAUCAUCUAAGAAGAUCGCGUUUGAAAAGACAGUCAAGGCUCACUGACUCCGUCUACGGAGGACAAAGAACACACAAAGAGAGACCUCCGUCCCGACGAAGUCCUCCAAGGCUUGGUGUUUUGGACGCCCCGGACGUCGCUGCUCGAUCUCGAACCGAGCAGCCGCAGUUCCUUCGAGUUGCUGCGCGCAACGCACGCUUCCGUCAAGACAGGGGCCGACAGAGUCCCACACGUAAAGUGUUCAAGCUGAGCUCGAGAUCAGACAGCGAAGACGUCAAUCACUCCUUGCGCCAGUGGCGUUCAGGUGGUCUUCGACAGAAGAAGCUGCCACAGCCACGGACACGGCCCCAAAAACGUCCACCUUUGGCGGAUCUCUCUACUAAUCAGCAGGGUACGUCGGGCAAUCGCCAGAACAGAAAAGCAAGAACCCCAGCAGUCGAUGUCGAUCCGACAUUGGAAGUUAGGGACACGAGCGUCCUUCGUGAACAGACUCCCACCCCCGAUGCUCCAGCCCCUGUUCAAACCUUAAACGCUACUCAGGAUGCUACCGAGUCCACGCGGCCCCAAAAACAAGGCCCCAGGUGGUUCGUCCGUCGAAAUAUUGGGGUUUCUUCUCUGAGUCGAGAGGCCCCAAGGCCAGCAGGACUGGAGGCAGUAAGCUCUGGCCAAGCAGGUAUAUCGGCCACGACCUUUCGGAGAUCCCUAGCGUCGCUUAACCGGAGCCGCCUCCGAAGACCGUUACCCAAGUCAAGACCACGGAAUGAGAUUAUGGAUCGAUUCCUCUCGGAUGGCCCAUUGACGCCGAGUACUCCUGGCACGAAUCGGGUAGAUGCACCUGAGAAUGGGGGACCAUCCCAUGACAAACAUCCUACGGGCCAGUUGCAUAAUCGGCGCCGUCAGCUUAGAAAACGCACUCCGACGCGACGAGAAGUUGAUGCAUCAGACAGUCAAGAAGCACCUCCGCUACCAUCGCCAGAGCCAGAAACUACUGGGACGAAUGGCUCUUUACAACAAGAUUCCGAACUGUUGAAAGGCCUUCAGCGUUCAUACAGUGUUGAUUUCAACAUAACCCCUCUGGCUACGGGGACCUUUUUCCAUGAGUCCACGUUCAUCGGGAGUGGUGAACUUUCUGUCUCUCUUGCGGCUGGCAAGCGUAACUUUGAUGAGGCUGCCAGUUCCUUCCAUAUAAAUCUGGGCGAAAAGAGUUGUCGCUGGGGACCGUGGAAUGAUACGGUUUCUUCUGAGAUCGGGAUCGCUUUCAACUGCAUGCUGGGUCAGAAAGAAAGCGAGGAGCAUGCAGAAGUCGAUGCAAGGCCAGCCGGCAAUGGCCACAUCAUUUAUCGGCAACUAAUCAGAUAUGUUACAGAAAGCCUGACAUUUAUCGAUCCUAUCGAUCGCAAGGGUUUCGUGCAAAGGAUACAUGGCUUGAUCUGCAAGAUCAAUGAUCAUUUGAUGACAUUGAUCCCAACGAAUGCGCAGGAGGCAGAUCAUCUCGCAAAGCUUGCGUCAUGUAAUCUGGUGUUCGCAAACUUGACGAGCCAAAUAGCUUGCCAUGAUCUUGUGGAGAAUGCCAUUGCUAAUGAGACGUUUGAGCUAGUCAAGUCGUCCUCCAGACAGGUCAUUGCACUCAUCAUCUCAAACCCAGCAGGGCAGUCUAGUAUCCACAAGUUUCUUGACAACAACAGGUCUCGCGCAUGGCGUGAGGCGGGGAUUCGGGACGAUCAGCCAUUUGUCGAAGCUUAUGUCAUUGUGAACCACGUAUUGCAUAGUAGAGACAAUCUCAAAACCUGCUUUGAAGAGCUUGUGACCGAUGCCCAUUCCCUAGCCGAAGCUGUGGAUUUGGGCAGAUUGAAGGAUGUCGGCUGCUUAGAGAAUGGGUGGCAGCGGGUAUAUGCAACUUUGCCUCUGAAUGAGAUCGAUCCAUUGGGGAUAGCUCGAACUGGUUUACGCUUCAAGCAGCCUCACGAAAAUUGGACAGUCGUCAAGAAGCUCCUGGCUCCGGUUCUAGGCAGCUAUGAUACACACUCCGACGCGCAACCGUUAUCCUAUAAUAGUUACUGCCGGGCCUUAUUCCACCGAUGCUUUCACCUGAUAAACGGCUGGGGCUGGCGCAACUGCAAGCCUAUCCUCGACACUCUUUAUGACUUCUUCGCCAAAAACACCCUAUACAACCUGAAACACGAGGAAAGCUACAGGUCUCCUGCCUUCUUGGAUGAGCUGGACCGCAACCCUUCGCUUGAGGUCUUACCCGGUGACCCAUGCUUCCAUAUCUUGCUGAAGAUCGUCGCAAGUGGUUUGCGCUUCUUGUCCCAAAUCUACGAUAAGAAGAAGGUCCGGAACUUCGCCUGGCGCCUGUUGCCGAAUCACGGUCGAGUUUAUCCCAAGGAGAAGCCUAUCCAUCAGACCGACUUGGACGCUCUACGGAACCACCAUGAUCUUCUCUGCACCUUGUACUACGCGGUGCCUGAUGGAUGCCGUCCACGCAUCGAAGCAAUCAAGAACCUCGUGCACCCUGGCAGCUCGCAUCGCGAGACCUGUAUUAUCAGCCUUCGGUCAUGGACGAGGCUUGCUCGGUUCAAAAUGUCGACGGAGGAGGAUUCGUCGGGACUGGAGCCAUUUGCCGAUUGGCACUGUUAUUUUGUUGCGGAGCUGUUAAAGCAGCACGGUCUUGCGCGCAAAGAGGUCGAAUCGCAGAGUACUGCGGAUAACCAGUUCUCGCACCAGCUGAUUGAACGGACGAUAGCGCAGAAUCAGCAACAGAUCGAAUCGUUGCUGAAGACCGCCUUGAACAGCUUACAAGGUAUCGUGCAAUCGGCCUCUACAUUGGACCGCGCGUAUAAGAUAGUCUCGAAGACGCCCAUAAACUGGGUCCUGGGCCUUUUCAACUCGAAGGCUGCACGCCUUAACACUACAGUGUCGGAGGCCCUCCAGGUGAUCGUGGCUUACAUCGAAAAAUGCCGUCCUGCCCCUGCAGAUACCAGAGCCGGUGUGGCAAACGGGCCAGCCGCAACGGACGAAGACAGUCAAGAGUACGGGGAUUGGAGGGAUCUAGACUUCGAUGCGAUCUGCGGAGAUGAAACUUCCGACGAGCGCCCUGAGGGAAUAGUGCACGUGGAACAAGUCUUCCGUCCUGCUGUGUCACGUCUUGUAUCCAACUGCUUUGGCGAAGACCACAGUCCCGAAGAUGCUAUAUUACUGGCUGUCGUUGACUGCUGGACUUCGAUCGCGCAGAUCCUGGUCCAAUAUCGGAUACGGCAUUGGGAUAGUUACAUGAGCCCGUAUGAUGGCGACUCUUGGGCAACGCUUCGGGGCACUAUUCAGACGAGAAAGUUCACGCCCAGAUUCCUUGCAAGUUGCAUUGAGAAGGACGCUCAGUUUGUAUCUGACUGUCGGACCCAGAUCUUUGGGAUGUGGAUGACGAGUCUGGUGGAACGUGUAUCGAUGCUCAAGUUCCAGCACUGCCUUACCGGGGCGUUGCUAGAUCGAGAUGCGCAGAAUCCCAUCCUGCACAAUCUGCCGUUUUCUAAGGACGUCAGAGAUAACAAAUACUCGAUUACACUAGAAGAUCUUAGCCAACGGCGGUUGUCCCUACUGUCGAGUCUUCUGUCUAACAUGCGCGCCCACAUCCAGAACCUGGAGGACACGGAAAGCAUGGAGCUCUCGAGCACGAAGCACGAGUACCGCGAGCUCAUCCAGAUGAUGAUGUCGUCCAUGAAAGAGAACUACAAGGAGCUCGGCAACGGGGGAACAAGCGCACAAGGGGCAUACGUUGAUUUCGUCCACCGUGUCGUUGGGUUCCUGCAGCAGCACACCAGAGACAUCUGUCCUAUCGACCCAUUCUUCACCGAUCCUGCGACUUUCCCCCUCCCUUCGACAGACCCUACGUACAUCGUUGCCAGGCUGAAGAGCUACGAACCGAAGCUCGCGUCCGAGAAGGUCGCAAAGACGCUGAUCAUAUUCGUCCAGGGGGUCUCAGAGCGAGCAGCGAUCGACGGGCAACAGAUGUACCUUGUCCAACAGCUGCAUGCCUCAAUGACAGACACGUACGAAGCCGGAGACCCGAGCAAGCCGACCCUGCGCGCAAUCCUCCUGCAGUCUGUCUUCCCAGCCUACCUCGAGACAACGUUCACGAACCCCGCCGCAUGGAUGCUCAGCCGUCCCGUCACGCAGAGCAUCACCCAGACUUUCCAGGAACUGCUCUUCCACAUGGACACCACGGACCCUAACUGCGUCGCAUCCGUCGUCACUCUCAUCACCGCAGUCUUCCGCUCAUCAUACGCCACCCUCUACUCCCUCAUCGAGAAGCCCAACAACACACUCCAAGACCCGCCCGCCACAGUCACAGCCGCCUCCUUCAUCGACAUGCUCACCUCCUCCCUCAAAGUAACAGACUACAUAAACCGCGCCACAAACACAGCCACGCACCUCAUCUCGCAAAUCCACGCCUUCGAAACCCUCAUCCUAUUCCUCGCAUGCACCCUCCACAACAACCCCCCGCAACAGAACACCUCCCCCCCUCGCCCUCCUCCCCAAUCUUCACACCAUCCUCUCCCACUACCACCCCCACCACCAAUACCAACCCACCAUUCUUUCACGAAAUCUACCACUCCGCCACCCGCGAACUCCAAUCCUACCUCAACGAGAGCUGGUCCCGCCACAACGCGAAAUACUACUUCACGCGCCGCGGCGGCCACCACCCGCAGGAGGUAG